AUGGGUGUUAAGUCGGAUCUCGUCGUUGGCAACGGCAAAGACGAAGUGCCCCAUAUCGACAAUGUUGGAGAUGAAAAGACGAAGAAGGCUGGCCGAAAGCUUCCAACCGAUGUUGCAGACGAGAAUCUCCUUCACGGAUGGGCACUUUACUCUAUGGCAUCAUCCGUUGUCUUCGCAGUGCUUCUCGUAGCAUUGACAGCGACCAUCUUAGGAACUGCCACACCUUCCAUCACAGACGAGUUCCAUACGGUUCAAGAUGUCGGAUGCAACCUUCCUCUCGGCGGCUGCGUCAUGAUCUUCUUUGGCUUCUUCAUCAAGCUGCCGAUAACGCACCUCACAGACUCCAAGCUCAAGUUCCACCAGAAGUUCCUGACGAUUGACCUCAUUGGCUUCUGCGGAGUGGCUGUCUCCUGCGUCAUGCUACUCCUGGGCCUCGAGUACGGAGGGUCGAUCGAUCCUUGGAACUCUGCUACUGUCAUAGGGCUGCUCUGUGGCGGUGCGGUGGGCAUCGUCUUGCUAAUCGGAUGGUUCAUCUACAAAGGUGACGAAGCACUGAUUCCGCCGCGAUUGCUCAAGGACCGCAUCAAUGCCUCCAUUGGAAUCACGGCCUUUUUGCAGGGCGGAGGCAUCUACCUGUCGUCAUACUGGUUGCCUAUCUGGUUCCAGGGCGUCAAGGAGGCCUCGCCGAUUGGGAGCGGUGUUAUGAUCCUGCCGACGAUUAUCUCACAGUUCAUCGCAGCGGUGGUAUGUGGAGCUCUCGUGCAGAGACUGGGGUAUUAUCUGCCAGAGGUCAUCUUCGGAAACGCGCUGAUUGCAGCUGGCGCUGCCAUGAUGAUCAUCAUGACACCUAGUUCGUCCGAGGGGUUCUGGAUCGGAUUCCAGAUCUUGAUGGGUGCUGGGCGAGGCUUUGUGUUGCAGCUGCUUGUUACGGCCAUGCAGACGAAUUUGCCGAGAGAAGACGCCUCACUCGGCGCCAGUUUCGUGUCCUUCUCGCAGUACCUCGCAGGCGCAAUCUUCGCCGCAGUUGCCAAGGCGGUGUUUACUUCAUCCAUUCCGAAUACACUGCACGAGUAUGCUCCAGAAGUGAGUCCAUCACUGGUCAUCGACACCGGUGUCACCGAGUUCAAGAACGUGGUCUCAUCGCCGGACCUGCCUGGCGUGCUCCUUGCGUACAACAAGUCUCUUAACCAUGUCUUUACAAUACAGCUUGCCUGCUCGGCAGCUGCCUUGGUAUCAGGCUUCUUCGUGGGGUGGAGAAAGGUCAACGCGAAGAAGCGGAAAUCACCCGAGGAUGUGGAGGCUUCCACGGGAGAGGAUCUGACAGAGACCGAAGGAGAUAAAUCUGGCUUGCCAGAAACCAAGAAACAGUCGGCGUAG